UCAUCCUCCUCAUCCUUCUCCCUCAACUCGAUUUCUCUCUACCUUGUUGAUCUCGGCAUCAUCAGAUCUCCCGCCACUUUCUUGCCUUUUGGCCUUUUCCCUUCUGGCAUCACGAUCAUUAUCACCUACUUUGUGCCCAAAUAGUUAUCUUUCCCUUCGUCACCUUGAGAAGCAAGAUCACCACUUCGGCAUCCAGUUGCUGACACCAAGAUGCGUCUCAACGCGUCUUUGGGCGUGCUCUCGGGCAUAGCCUGGACAACAUCCGGUGCUGUUGUCCCUCGCAAUCUCGAUUACGAUAUCGACACAACUUGCACGAGCACCGAGACUGGCCAUGGCACAGUCUUCGUCACUGUCCCUGGCGGCGACUCUCCGACUGCCGCAGCUGGUUCGGUCUUCACUCUCACGGUUCCUGUUGGCGGUUCUGAUCCUGCUGCCGGGUCUCCCGGGUCAUUCGGUUCACCUUCUGGUUCUGGCAACAAUGGUCUUCUUUCCUCCACCUGCACCACUGAGUCUUCUGCCUUCGGUUCUCCCUUCGGCUCUGCUGGCACUCUUGAACCUGUCACCAUCACUGUCACGGCUCUCUCUCCUCCCAUGAGCACGGUCACCAUCCCAGUAUCGACCAUCACCAUCAACACACCUGGCGCUGGUUCUGGUGCUGGCAACAACGGCAACGGUAACUCUCCUGGUUCAAUCGUCACAGUCACUGCUCCUCAAGCAUCUCCCAGCCCAGCUUUCCCAGGCUAUCCAGGUUCCGGCAUCACAGUCACCAUCCCCGGCGGCUCGGGCUCGGGCUCGGUCUCCGGUUCCUCUCCAGCAGGAGUCACUGUGACUGUCCCUCAAAUAUCUGGGCAGGCCGGUGAAGUCGUCACUCUCACAAUACCAGAAGGCCCCAACCAGUCCGCCACUGUUGUGCUUACUGUUACCAUUCCCGACGUUGCAGACAGUCCUGGGUCAUGGUCUACCAUCGUCUCAGCUCCUGGCCUUGAUGGCGCGACAUCUGGUCCGCUUGUCACUGUCAUUGGCGGUACAUCGGCCGGUCCACAAGUGCCAACCAACUUGCCAGUGCCUGGAGGUCUCCUUUCUUCGACAUGUACCGACGCGCUCACACUUGGGGCUGGUGGCUCCGGCAACACUGGUUCCGGCAAUACCAUCACUGUCCCUUUGCCUCAGCUCACCACGAUUCAUGGGGGCAAGGAGUCCUACCCACCAUUCUUCGGCAGCCUGAAUCCUCUCACAAUCACUUACACGAUUCCUGCCGAGCCUGGCAUGUCCACUCCUCUUGUCGAGACUCUCACUGUGACACCCAACCUCCCCUACCCACCUGGCGACCCGGGCUCCUCAUACGGACCGACUGAUCUGACUAUCCCACUUGGUCCUUUUGGCGUUUCCAGCUCUGCCCCCGUUGGGUCUUCAUCAGGUUUCACCUUGGUCACAUACACCGUCCCCGCUGAUGGCAACUCUCCUGGCUACACCGGCGUCUUCACUUUGACACCUGGUGCCGGCUCGUCUCCCGGCCAAGGUGGUCAGAACGGCGGUUCGCCCGUCACUGUCACUGUUCCCGAGGCCACUCAGCCCGGUCAGAACGGCGGAUCGUCAGGCGAAACCGGCUACCCUCCUUAUGGCGGCUCUGCUACUUCUGCAGGCAAUGGAUCACCCGACACUGUCACUUUGACUGUUCCCCAAGCUGGCGCUCCCACUCAGUCUUUCUCUGGUCAGGGUGCUGGUCAGUCUGGCUUCGGCUCUGGCAACCAAGCUCCCACAGUCACGCUCACGGUUCCCGCCGGCAGCACUCCGGGUUCAGGUUCGGGUGGCCAAGGCAGCGGUCCUGGUUACAACAACGGCCAGUCGACUUGUUUGAUUCUGACAAUUCCUGGAGCGAACUCUGUUGGUCAGUCUAGCCUUUUGACUGUCACUGUUCCAGCUGGUUCUGGUUUCCCCGUUGGCGGUUCUCCUUCUGUGCCUUACAACGGCCCCUCGGGUCCGGUCACCGUCACAGCUUUCCCCUCUCCCGGCGCCUCUGGUUCUGGAAGCAGCCCGUCUGGCUCAGGCGACGAUGAUCAGUCAACUUGCCUGACUCUCACGCUUACUGGAGCCAACGGCCAGCCGAGUCUUGUCACUGUCACCGUUCCAGUUGCCUCGGCGUUCCCCGAUGGUGGUUCUCCUUCUGUACCAUACAAUGGCCCUUCGGGUCCGGUCACCGUCACAGUUCCACCAACUCCUGACGCCUCUGAUCUGGUCCCCGGAAGCGGCUCCUCUGGCUCAGGCGAUGAUGAUCAGUCGACUUGCUUGACCCUCACGCUCACCGGAGCCAAUGGCCAGCCCAGCCUUGUCACUCUCACGGUUCCCGUAUCGGACUAUCUCCCUGGCGCUUCUCCUUCUGCCGUCGACAGCAAUGGUCCGUCCGGUGUCGUCACUGUUGUCGUUCCCGAGACCACCGGUUCCAGCGGUUCUUCCUCCGGAAGCGGCCCAUACGGCUCUGGUGGCAAUGGCCCAUCUGGUGUCUUGACCGUCACUGUUCCUAACAACUCAGGCUCCGGCUCUGGUUCGUCUGCAAGCGAUCCUUACGGCUAUGGCGGUGGCAGUGAUCAGUCUGGCGUGUUUACCGUCACGGGACCUGCUGGUUCUCCAUCUGUUGCCACUGGGUCUCCCGUCGUUGUCACUUACACCGUUCCUGCUGGACCAGGCGAGACCGAGUCUUCCUAUCCCGUCACUUACACCAUUCAGCCAUCAUCGGGAUCUGGCUCAGGAUCUGGUUCUGGAUCUGGCUCAUCUCCUUCGGUCAGCGGUGUCCCUGCUGGGUAUGGAAGUGGUGGCAGCAAUCCAUUUGGACCUGGUUCCAACCCCACAGAUUCAUCUGGCGGAUUUUCUCCUGUCACUGUCACUCUCGGGCCGUCUGAUGGGUUCGCUACACCCGUGGUUGUCACAUACACUCCCGGUGUGACUGUAUACCCGUCUGGUUCUUCACCCACACCUUCUGAGGUUAUCAUUUCCGAGUCGGGAACUCUUUUCACCAUCACGCUUCCUGCAUCCGGGUCCUUGCCUUCCGCAACCUCGCCUGCUUCGUCGGAGAUUGUCGUUUCUGAGUUUGGGACUCUGCUCACCAUCACGGUUCCUGCAACGGCACCGCCCGCUCAGCCCACUGUUGCCACCGGCUCUGCUAUUGUUCCCGGAUACGGCUCUGGUGCCGGUUCUGGUGCUGGUUCUCUUCCCAGUGGCCUCACGGUCUUCACCAUUACUCCCACUUCUGGCUCACCGUAUAUUGUCACUGUUCCUGUCGGCGGCGGCUCCGGCUCUAGUCCGUCCAAUGUCUUGACUGUCACUGAGGGUCCGUCCCCCACUGGCUCUGGAACAGGGUCUGGAUCUGGAAGCUCCCCUGACAAUGGCGAGUUCACGAUCACCAUUGAUGGCACCCCGGUAGUUGUUCCCCUUCCUCAGAGCAACACAGGCGCCAACCCCGGCCAAGGAGGCAUUCUGACUGUGACUGAGGGAUUGCCUUCUGGCUUACCAUCGAUCGUCACCGUUCCGGCCGGUGCUGGAGGCAUCACUGCCCAGCCUGCUGCGACCCCUUACGGCGGCUCUUUCCCCGGUGGAGAAGUCAUCACUGUGACUGGGCCUGAUGGGUAUCCUACUGUUCUCACGAUCCCUGGUGGCGGCAACCCAGCAGCCACUCAGAGUGGCCCAUCCAAUGUCUUGACCGUCACUGAGCAACUUACUUCCAACACCCCUGGCCAGAAUGGCUCCGGUGGAUCGGUCAUCACUGUCGCUGGACCUGACGGCUCACCCAUCGUUGUCACCAUCCCCUCCGGCGGCGACUCGGGAGCUUCGGCGCCCGUGUCUGGUCUUGGAACGGCUUUCACCCUCACCUUGACUCCCGGUAACGGCGGCUUUGGCUCGACAGCUGGUGUUCCUGGCAUCUUGACCGUCACCGAACUUGCCCCCACGGCGACUGGAGGAGCCCAGCUUGGUGCCGGUGGACCUGGCUCUGCUUUCACCAUCACUUUGUCUCCUGGCUCGGGCUUCCCUGGCUCUGGCAGUGGACCUCAGGGCAGUGGACCUCAGGGCAACGGACCUCAGGGCAACGGACCUCAGGGCUACGGCUCACCCAACUCGCUCGGCCCCAUCUUGACCAUCACUGAGGGUGGUGCUGCUCCUACCGGAGGUGCCCAACCUGGUGGGAAUGGCGCCGGCACUGCUUUUACCGUCACUUUGUCGCCUGGCAAUGGGCAAGGCAGUGGACCCCAAGGCUCUGGACAAGGCAACGGUCCUCAGGGUAGCGGUCAGGGUAACGGUCCCCAAGGUUAUGGUUCGCCCAACUUCCCCGGCAACGGCCAAGGCUCUGGACAGGGCAGCGGUCCUCAAGGCAAUGGACAAGGCAACGGCGGACCUGGCUCUGCUUUCACCGUCACCUUGUCUCCAGGCUCUGGAUCUCCUGGCUCCGGCAGUGGAUCUCAGGGCAACGGUCCUCAGGGCUAUGGCUCACCAAACUCCGGCCUUGGUCCCAUCUUAACUAUCACUGAGUCACCUUCUGGGGCUGCCGGUGGUCUGCAACCCGGUGCGACUGGCUUUGCCACUGCCCUCACCCUCACCAUCCCAUCGGGCUCUGGCAACGGUCCCUCUGGUUCAGGCAAUGGUCCUUUCGGCUCAGGCAACGGACCUUUCGGUUCUGGUAACGGGCCUUCCGGCUCCGGCAAUGGGCCUUUUGGCUCUGGCAGUGGUCCUCAGGGAAGUGAGCAAGGAAGCGGUCCUCAAGGCUACGGUUCACCUAAUGCUGGUGCCGGUUCCGUCUUCACCAUCACUCAGGGAGGAGCUGGCGCGGCUCAACCUACCGGUCCUGUCUUGACCGUCUCAGAGGUUGUCCUCUCGGAAACCAUCCCCAUUGGCUCUGGUCUUUAUUCGGUCGUUGCGUUCACCACUACUCUCGGCUCUGGAUCGGGCUCUGGCUCGGGUUCUGGUCCUGCCUCUGGCCCUAGCAUUGUCACCAUCGAUCCCAACGGUUCCGGCAACGGUCUCAACUCUCCCUCUGCGAUUGGCGGUGGUGCUUUUGCGACCACUUUGACUUUGGCGCAGCCCUCUGCUGUGAUUGCGACGGCACCUGCUCAGGCUCCUCAGGUCAUUACCGUUCUGCCUUCGAUCUUCACUGUCUGGCCUCAGAAUACACUGCUCACCACCACCUCGUGCACAACCAGCAAUGGCGACGCCUUCUUUGACCCCGGUCAGAACGGCGGCUUUGGUCCCUCUGUCGUCACCAUGUGGCCGACGUACUCCAUUGACACCACUUGCACCGAGUCCUCGACCAGCUAUAUCUCCGCCAGCGCUGUUGCACCAGCCUCGUCCUCCGAAUCAUCUACUGUCUUGAUGUUGAGCAGCUCAACCUUGGCUGUCAUCAGCUCGGGGCCUUCUCAACCAUCACCCAGCGACUCAUCCACUGUCCUGAUGCUGAGCAGUUCCACCCUUGCUGUGAUUAGCUCGGAGCCCGCGACUCCCUCUGCCGUUGCUCCGGAGCCUGUCAGCACUGCAUCCGACGAACAGGCCAUUCCCACUCUGACUGCCGAGCCCGCUGAACCUACCAGUGCCUCCGGCCCUGACCAGCCUAUUGAGCCUACCGAGUCCUCCGGCGGUGGACAGAGCAUUCCCGUUGUGACUCCCGAGCCCUCCAGCUCUUCGGAUGAGCAGGCGAUUCCCACCUUGUCGUUUGAGGCCCCGCCCGAGUCCUCUGCCGGUGAAGAGGCUCCUCCUCCACAGACCGAGUUUGGCCUUGGUCACAUUCACCCGCGUGCUGCGCAUGUUACUGUUUCCGCUUUUUCUCUGAGCGCCUCUACCGCAUCAGUUCCCGCCGAUGUUACCGCAGCUCCUUCAGUCAUCUCCACUCCUUCCUCGGUAGCCCCAGUCCCGGCUUCUACGGCAUCUGUCGCAUGCGGCUCGCUUAGUGAUCGUGGCGGUUACACCUUCAGGUUUGAUGACAUCCCCGCUCCUGCGACAACAAACGAUGAUACCAACAGUGCCAUGAUUGUUCGCCAUCAGCCUGUUCCUCGCCCUUAUCACCGCUUCUUGUUCUCGGAUGACUUCCGCGUUGUUCCUCCGCCUCAGUCUCGCUUUGUCCCGUCCUCUGGGUCUCAGAUGGUUCAAUACGACGGCGCAUCCAAGAACGUUGCACAGAUCGGCCUCGCCCAACUUCGCAACAACCCUUGCUUCCGCUUCGACUUCCUCGGCGUCAGCCUUGGUUGCAACUCGACUGCUGAACCAUGCGUCUUCAACGUCAAGGGCAUUCAGUGGAACGGUGUCCGUGAUGUGAUCCAGGCGAACAAGACCUUUGUGGUUGGCGCUUGCAAGAACACCGACAGCUGCGGUCUCAGCCAUCAGAUCCUGGAUUCCGCUGCUGCGCUGCCAUUCACCAACUUGACUGCAGUCAACAUCACCUUGACGGUUGCCGGCAAGCCUGUGACCUGGUGGGCUGAUGACUUGCAGGUCGCCUGGACGGAGAAUGACUGCGCCACUGCCGCAUGCCGGGCACUUGUGCCAAACACCGCCUCUACUCCUCAAAAGCCUUGGGGUGUUUCUGAGGAAGUGAAGGCGAAGGGUCUUCGUUGGUCUAUCCGUCGCUGAAGGACUGAGAUGUCUGUUCUACGGCAAGUCGUUCGAUCUUGAUUCUGAGCGGUUCUGUCACUCUUUCGUUUCAUUUGUCCCGCUUGGGAAUUGUGUUAAUAUGUCGAAUACC